CUCACUGCUGGUUGGGAACUCCUCUUGCAAGCCGCUACAUCUGCACUGUGGAUCUUGAAGCAAAGUUCACUGGUACAGGCUGUAGAGGUCUGUCAAAGAGCGGGAUUCUCCUUGUUUUUGUAGUUUUUCAUAGGAUUAUUUCUACAGCCAUGGCUACAGCAAGUUAUGGAUACUACAGAGGCACUAUAUUUCUGGCCAUGUUUGUUGGCUACACACUGUACUACUUUAACAGAAAGACUUUCUCCUUUGUGAUGCCAUCAGUGAUGACAGAAAUUGAGCUGGAUAAGGAUGACUUGGGUAUGAAACACUUCAUUUCUUGAAGUUAUUUGUCUAUCAUUUUUUACACAGUAGUGUGCAAUACAGAAAACAUUGCUGUAAACUGGAGAUAUUUACGAUCAGAAAAUUGUGUUUCAUACCUAAAGAGCUCAGACUAAAUAUACCUCCUGCCCUCUCUCUGUUUAGGCAUGAUCACCAGCAGCCAGUCGUUGGCCUACGCCAUAAGUAAGUUCAUCAGUGGCGUGCUCUCAGAUCAGAUAAGCGCCCGAUGGCUCUUCUCCAUUGGUCUGUGCAUGGUGGGUUGCAUCAACGUGAUAUUUUCUUGGUCAUCCACUGUUGCUGUCUUCUCUGCCCUGUGGUUCCUCAAUGGCCUGGGUCAGGGCCUUGGCUGGCCUCCCUGUGGCAGGGUGCUGCGCAAGGUAAGUACCCAGACCACUUGCCAGUGGCUGUGACAGUGUGCUUCAAACCGGCUUUGGAAUAAAGACUUUUCUCUGUUUUUUAAAAAAUGAUAGAAUGGCGACAUAAUCCAAUACAUUAUUUACCAGAACAUUGAGGGGGCAGGAUUUGAUUGAAAAUCAAGUAUUUAUAUGCAAACUACAUAACUCCAGGAGUUAACAUUUAAACGUGUCUCACAGUGUCUUUUAGCUUUCAAACAUGCAGCAUCCCCCUUCCACUUGCUUGCUCCCACAUUUGGAGGCAUUCAUAUUACAAGCUUUUAAUCUAUGUAUUUGUAUGUAUUUUUAUUCCCACACUAUAGAUUACCCUCACUUUCAGCUCUUUCACAUUGUCAUGUAUCCUCUUCUCUGCUCUUCAGUGGUUUGAGCCAUCUGCGUUUGGAACAUACUGGGCAAUUCUUUCCUGUAGCAUGAAUCUAGCGGGCAGCUUGGGCCCAAUCGUUGCCACAGUGCUGACCCAGAGUUACAGUUGGAGGACGAUACUAUCCAUAUCUGGAAUGAUUUGUGUGGCUUUCUCAAUCGUCUGCCUGCUUCUGAUCAAGAAUGAGCCCAAGGAUGUGGGGCUGCCCAAUCUAGAGGUAGCAGCAAUAAAGAAGGGCAAAGGAGGUGAGACUGAAUUCCACAGGGUGUUAGUUUAAUUGUCAGUCAAGUGCUCGCUUUCUCUGAUAGUGCCUGCACUAAUUUUUCCAUAUAGUGUCUGAUUAAGCUAUAGCUUGGGAAUUUUUUCAAACAUAGGUUAAUUAACACCAUGAAGGCCUUGCAGAUGUCUGUGCAUCCAAAUAGAGUUGGGACAUUGUGUACAAUGUGAAUAAAAACAGUGUAUAAUGAUUUUGAAAUACUUUUUUAACCUAUAUUUGAUUGAAUACGCUACAAAGCCAAGAUAUGUAAUUGUCAAAUGGAUAAACCUUUUUUUUGUUUGGCAAAUAUUUAAUCAUUUUGAAUUUGAUGCCUGCAACUUGUUCUGAAAAAGCUGGGACAGGAUCCUGUUUACCAUCGUGUUACAUCACCUUUCCUUUGAACAACAUUCAAUAAGCAUUUAGGAACUGAGGACACUAGUUUUUUAAAGUUUUGUGGGUCAAAUACUUUCCCAUUCUUACUUGAUGUACCACUUCAGUUGCUCAACAAUCCUGAGUCUCUGUAGUGGUAUUUUGCGCUUCAUAAUGCACCAAACUAUUUCACUGGAGACAGGUCUGGACUGCAGGCAGGCCAGUUGAGUACCUGCACUCUUUGACUCCAGGGUGACUUGGUAGUAAAGGAGGUAGAAUGUGCUUUGGUAUUGCCUUGUUAAAAUAAGCAAGCACUCCCUCCAGCAUUAAUAGUGUCUUCAUGGAUGUGCAAGUUAGCUAUGCCAUGUGCACUGACAACCCCCCAUACCGUCACAGAUGCUGACUUUUAAAUUUUGCACUGAUAAAAAUCUGGAUUGGCCUUUUCCUCUUUAGCCUGGAGGACACCACAUCCAUUAUUUACAAAAACAAUUUGAAAUGUGUACUCAUCAGAUCACAGCACACUUUUCCACUUUGUGCCAGUCUAUCUCAGAUGAGCUCAGGUCCAGAGGAGCAGUUGGCAUUUCUGGGAGUUGUUGACAUAUGGCUUUGACUUUGUAUGUUAGACUUUGAACUCGCACCUGUAGACGUAGCCACAAACGGAGUUAACAACAAUGGGUUUCCCAGUGGGUUUUUACAGAAUGAUGUUGUUUUUUAAUGCAGGGAUCAAAGGUCACAGGCAUUCAGUGUUGGUCUCAGCCUUGCCACUUACAUGCAGAGAUUUCUCCAGAUGCCAAAUCUUUGACGAUAUUAUGGCCUGUAGACAGUGAAAUCUCAAAAUUUCUAAUAUUUGUAGGUUAAGACAUAUUGUUCUUAGACUGCUGUAUAAUUUGCUCAUGCAGUUAUUCACUAAGCGUUGAACAUCACCUCAUCCUUGCUUGUGAACGACUAAGCCUUUCAGGGAUGCUCCUUUAAUACUAGGUCAUGUUUCCAAUGAACCUGUUCCAAAGAGGUGUUUUUGAGCAUUCCUCAAUUUUCCCAGUCUUUUGCCUCACUGUUUCAGCUUCUUGGAAGGUGUUGUAGACAUUAAAUUUAAAAUGAGUGAAUAUUUGAAAAUAAGUAAAUAAAUAAAUGAAGCUUAUCAGUUUGAACAGUAAGUAUCUAUCUUUGUAGUGCAUUCAAUUCAAUAUAAGUUGAUAAGUAUUUGCAAAUAAUUGUAUUCGGUUUUUUUUUUUUAUGAUUUACACAACAUCCAAACUUUAUUAAAAUUGAGGUUUUUAUCACUAAUGAAAGCUGCUGUAGCUGGCUUGUACACAAGCUAAGUGCAAAAGUUACAUGUUAGAGGAUGAGAUCCUUCCUAUCCCUAUAUUGGGCUUGGUUUACCCACCGUGUCCUGCUAAUGAUAGCAUUUAGAUUCAUGCAAAAUAUGGCACUACACUGGAUUGAUAAGUAACACUGAGUCUGAUGCCUGUGUCCUGUUCAGAAUCCGUCCGUGAUGAGAGCACCUUGUCAGAAUUCCUCCUGUCACCCUACCUGUGGCUGCUAUCUGUCUCUUAUUUGGUGGUGUUUGGGGUCAAAACGGCCUGCACUGACUGGGGUCAGCUGUUCCUCAUUCAAGACAAGGGCCAGUCUACACUUACAGGUACAAAAGAAGACGCCAUCAUUUCUCUUGAGAGAGUUCAUUAGAUAGUUGGUUAAUAUUCCCUGUGAUCACUGUAUCUGUCUUUCUAGGUAGCUCAUACAUGAGUGCCCUGGAGGUUGGAGGCUUGUUGGGCAGUCUUGCUGCAGGGUACAUUUCUGAUAAAGCUGUGGCAACAGUAAGUUACACAUGGAACACACUUGUAUGAUGAACAUUUUUCAAGUUAAGUCAAAGCUGUUUCUGUGUCAAUACAAUAGUAACUAAGAUCAUACAGUGUGUGAUACAGUAUAUAACAGCAUAAGAAGGUUGGCAUGCUCACUGUCCAUUAACACUGGAACUGAACACUUAGACUAAAAUUCGAAAUUUUUGUCUAACUGUACAACACAUUUUUUUCAUACCUAAAUGUGAUAUUUUUGUCAUAAUAUGCUAUGGAAUUUUUAUCAAAAUAUACUCGGAUAUUUUGAUCAUACUAGAUUAGGAUAUUUUUAUCAUAUUACACUGUAAUGUUUUUUUUAAAGAUACUAUUCUAUGACAUUGUUUUCAUACAAAAUGUAAAAUUUCCUCCAUACUAUACUAUGAGUUUUUAUAAUACGAUACUAUAACAUUUUUUUCGUACCAAAAUGUGAAAAUCAUUCUUUACUAUGACGUUUUUAUCAUUCUUUACUAUGAUAUUUUUAUCAUACUAUACUAUAACUGUUUUAACACUAAAUGUGACAUUUUUGUCAUAAAAAAAUUGAAAUUUUUGCCUUACUCUACUAUAAUAUUUUUUCCAUACUUAAAUUGAAUUUUUAUACUAUGACAUUUUUAUCAUUCUAUUCUAUUAUAUUUUUAUCUUACUGUACUAUGAUAUUUUUAUCAUGCAAUACCAUGACUUUUCUUUCUAAAAAAAUUGAAAUUUUCAUCAUGAUAUACUAUUACAUUUUUAUCAUACUAUGCUAUGAUAUUUUCAUCAUGCUACACUAUGCCUUUUUUCUACUAAAAUACCCAGGAUCUUCCUGCUUUGAGGUGACAGUGCUAUCCAUUUCACAACUGUUUUACCCUUGUCACAGUGGAUCUUUUUAUCAAACUAAACUAUGAUUUUUCGCAUUCAAUACAAUGACAUUUUUAUCAUAUUAUACUUUACUAUUUGUAUAGUGAUAUUUUUUACCACACUUAACUGUGAUUUUUUUCAUAUUAUACUUUGACAUUUUUAACAAACUAUACUAUAAUAUUUUUUUCAUACUAAAAUGUAAAAUUUUAUCAUUGUAUACUAUUUUUUUUUCACACUACAUUAUGAUAUUUUGUCAUACUAUACGAUGAUAUUCUUAUCAUACCAUACUUUAAUUUUUUUCAUACUUAAAUUUCAAAUUUUCAUCAUGGUAGACUAUGAAAUUUUUAUCAUUCCAUACUAUGAUUUUUAAAGAUUCUUUACUACAAUAUAUUCAUUAUGCUAUACUGGGAGGCAACAGUGCUAACCAUUACACCAUAUAAUAAUACAUCAUAUUUUUAACAUUCUAUACUAUGACAUUUUUACCACACUAUACUAUGAUAUUUUUUAUCACACUUGACCAUUUUAUCUUAUUACACUGACAUUUUUUGAAUACUAAAAUUAUUAUUUUUCUCAUAGUUUACUUUGACAUUUGUAUCAUACUAUACUAUGAUUUUUUUUAACUAAAAUUAGAAAUUUUUAUUAUCGUAUAUCAUGACAUUUUUGUCACCCCAUAGUAUGACAUUUUUUAAAUAUUCUGUACUAUAACAUUUUUAUUGUAGUAUGCCUGACCCAGAAUCGAAAACCAGUAUCUUUUUCUGUCAGGCAACAUCAUUACAUCAUUACAUGACUGUGCUGCCCAUGUCACAGUUGCUCUUUAUCAUGCUAAACUAUGAUUUUUUUUUUUUACAUUCUAUACUCUGACAUUUUUAUCAUACUAUACUUUAAUAUUUUUUUCACACUAAACCAAGAUUUUAUCAUACUAUACUUUAACAGUUCUUAACAUACUAUACUACGAAAUUCUUUUUCAUAAUAAAAUGUUAAAUUUUUAUCAUAGUCUACGAUGACCUUUUUAUCAUACCAUACUAUGAUAUAUUUUAUAUCACACCUAAACAUGAGUUUUAUCAUACUUUACUAUGACAUCUUUUUAAACAUUUUAUGUAUGAUAAAAAUUUCACAAUUUAGUUUGACACAUAAAUCAUAGUUCAGAAUGAUAAAAAUAUAUUAUAGUAUGAACAAAAAGUCAUACUGUGGUAUGUUUUAAAAAAAUAUUUAAGUAUAUUAAAAUUUUUAUAGUUUAGUUUGAUAAAAUGUUAUGGUAUAAUACGAAAAAAUAUCUUUUACCGUUUGAUAAAAAUGUCAUAUUAUAGUAUGAAAAAAAUGUCUCAGUAUAGUUUGAUAAGAAUAUCAUAGUAUAGUAUGAUAAAAACAUCACAGAUAAGUGUAAUAAAAAUGGUAUAGAAUAGUAGGAUAAAAAUCAGAAGUCUCUGCCUAUAAUAAGCAAACUGAUCUUUUCUGAACUAUUUAACGUUUUCUCUUUUGUUGUGCAGCAAGGCGUGAGGAUCUAUGGCAAUCCUCGUCACUUUAUCCUGCUGUGCAUGAUGGCUGGAAUGUGUGUGUCCAUGUACCUUUUCCGAGUCACAGUAACUUCAGAUAGCUCAACGGUAUUAUCUUCCACACUAGCAACCUACUGAAAUACAAUAAUUACCAAGAUAUUCUUGAAAUGAUUACAGUGCAUGUUGGACUUAAUAAUUCUCAUGUAUGUUUGUCCAACAAGGUAUGGAUACUCAGCCUGGGUGCGGCCUUUGGCUUCUCCUCCUAUGGACCAAUAGCAUUGUUUGGAGUUAUAGCCAAUGAGAGUGCGCCAUCCAACUACUGUGGGACAUCUCAUGCUAUUGUCGCUCUGAUGGCUAACAGUAAGUUUGUGGGUUUUUCUAUAAUUAAUAUAAAUAUCUAUGAUUAAAAAUAGUCAAAGCUUAACAAAGUACUGUUUAAUUGGUUUUAUGUAGUUAAUAUAUUAUACUAUACUAUACAAUACCCUUAGGCUAUACAAAAAUAACACUUUUGAUAUCACCAAUUCUAUGGAAUAACCCCAUCUUCCUGUGAUGUCCUCAGUUGGAGGCUUCCUAUCUGGGCUGCCAUUCAGCAUGGUCGCCAAGCACCAUGGCUGGGAAAUGGCCUUCUGGGUAGCAGAGAUAGCAUGUGGGGCUGCCACACUUGGAUUUUUCUUGCUCCGCAACAUCAAAACAAAAAUGGGUCAUGUGUCAAAAAAGGCAGAAUAAACAAUCACUACACCUCAUCCUCUUACCCCAGAGGAAAACUUUAUACUUCACGUAAUCAAUGUAUUUCCAUAUUUUCCUAUUUUUCAUAUUGUAUGACAAAGAAUUUUCUGGGUCAGUCGUAAGAGAUGUUAACAUGACAGAAGCUCUGAGAAGUUAAAUCUUUUCUUCUAAAUCAAGUUCUGAUUUGUGUUUUCUAUAUACAAUGUGAAAACAUGACAUCAAACACACAACAGAAGAUUUUAAGACUACUAAACAUUACACUGAGAUCACACAAUUAAUUGGUCAUGUUUACAAAAAGAUUAUAAAUUGAGUCAUGAUUUAAGAUUGCAAGAGUAACACAGAGCUCAUUGUCUUGAUGAAGUAAAAUGUGUGGACAAAGACUUGGAUAAACAAUACUUUUUUUUUGUCAUAGUUUGUGUUGAUUGACCAGAAGACUCAUGUUACAUCAUAUGAUAACCCGAAAUGAAUGAAGCCCUCACCACAAAAAAAAAAAAAAAAAAAAAACCUUUACAUAAUAGUUUAAUGUAAUCUUUACAUACAUUUACAAAACAAUGUUUGAACAGGGUGUAAAUCAUUAAUCUUUCAAAUGAAAAGAAAAAAAAAUCACAUAUUUCACGUCACCAACCCUCACGUAUCUAUAAAACCGCUUGUGUUUUCACAUAAUGGAAAAUGUCCUGUCUUCUGAUGCUCAAGAUCCUGCUCCAAAGUUGCCAGCUUUCUCUGCAAUCUCAAGGGCACUCUUGAGGUUCUGAUCAAAGAGUUCACACCUGAAAAUCCGAUAAACACUGAAGUUUAGAGAAUAAGAAUAACUACAUUUGUGGGUGUUGAAUAUCAGAUCUAAUUUGAAGAAUACUGAAAUAAACCAAAUACUAAGAAUAAGACACAAACAUGAUAGGAUAAUAGCUGAAACAUGCUCUUGAUUACCUUAUUGGCAUCUCCAGAGAAUAAAAGGGGUUCUUGAGGGCAAAAUCCGAGUAUAUUUCAUAAAUCUUCCUCAACAGCACAUCAACGCCAGAUUGCCGAGGGUCAGCCAGCAAAAUGAACUUGAUCCCUGGAAAAUCAAGAUUGGAUCAUGUAGAGAAGAAAGAAACCUGUUUAUUAAAUGGACUUGAGAGGUUUGUCUUAACAAAACAGACAUUUUUUAUGGGCCAUUUGGAAAAAAAUAUUACCAUCUCUCCUUUUUUGAGACGAUCACUCAUGAUGACAAAAAAUGAAUUCUUUAAUCACAUUCAGACACCAACCACUGACAACUUUGCCAAUCAAAUGCAACACUAUAAAAUGGCUCCAAGAGAAAUUCUUUUAACAAUAUGAAAGGUGAUACUUGCUCUUUAAACAAUCUGUUUAAGUUGUGGUAGGUGUUGGCGGUGUACUGGAAUGCUUAAUAUUGAAAGAUGUUCCCACUAUUUUACUUCUCUUAUAUUUGUUAAACAGAAAAAUUAACACCUUCCAGUACACACACAUUCAGUCACCACGAACCUGUGAGAGUCUGGAAGCAGUGGAUUUUGAACAUGUCAGUUUCUAGCAUCUCGAUCCCUGAACUGCCAACUUCUGGUGACAGCUGCGAACCAAUCGCAAACAACCUGAGGAGAAACACACGGACAGGCAGUUUGAUGUUUACAGCUGGACUCCACUAUGACCGAUACCAGUUUGUACAACACAUGCUGUUUAUAAGAUUAGCCUUACAAAGCCUGGUUGUAGGGCAUAAGGCCCUUAAGGGACAUUACAGAUAUGAUAGACUGAUGAUUUAUCUUUUGUGAUGUUUCUGUGUUUUCAUUGUAUUAUAUUCAUUUUAUGUGCCGUCAUCUUUGUUCACAUUAUUUUUGUGUGGAUAGUCUUUUUGUGCAGUUUAUGUGAAAUUCAUGUCUGUUUUUUUUUUAAUUAAAUGUUUCCUGUACUCCUAAA